AUGGCAUCUCUCUUCCAGCUCCUCUCUUACCUCUACACCAUGGCCAUAGCCCUUUUCGAUCUCCUCCUUCUAAGAGCUGUCCUCCUAAUCCGAUCCGCCGUGCCGGGAAGUAUGGUCACACAUUCUGAUAAACUUUUUCGCAUAAUUACCACUCAAUAUUUCAACCUCGUUGAAGAGAAAAACCCAACUAUUUGUUACAGUGAAAACUUGAGGCAUCAUGAAUCAAGAGAAUGUGCGGUGUGUUUGUCUGAGUUCCUGGAAGGUGAAAGUUUAAGGAAAUUGAAAUGCAAGCACACUUUCCACAAGGAUUGCCUUGACAAAUGGCUAGAAGAAUACCUGGCUACAUGCCCACUUUGCAGGACUAGGGUUUUGCCGGAGGGACUUGUGGCCAAUUAUCAUCUGCUCAAAGAUCAUAUAGAGAAUGGCGGGAGCUAUGAUGACGCUACCUUCAUGCUAUCUGCAUUAUAUGGUGAUUUUUUACGUAGACUUUUCUAA